AUGUCUGGCUUUGGUUUGGAUAGUCUUGUGGUUGGGAGUGCAGACCCAAAACGGAAGGCUCUUCUGAAAGGGCCACAGUCCCGCAACUGGACCUCAUUUAUUGAAGCUAUCACCGCGGACGGCCGUGUCCUUACCCCUGGCAUUAUCUUUAAGGGCAAAGAACUUCAGAAACAGUGGUUCUUGACGGAAUUCGGCAAAAUAGCCAACUGGCAUUACAUAACGUCGCCCAACGGAUGGACGGACAACCAUAUCGCUAUUGAGUGGCUUGAGAGGGUCUAUUUGCCCCAGACGCGACCAGCCGAUGGCUCAGAUGCUAGACUGAUCAUAUUAGAUGGACAUGGAAGUCAUGCAACGGAUGCAUGGAUGGCCACAUGCUUUUGA